AUGAUACAAUUACUUCGUGAAAUUCCAAAACUAAAUGCAAGUGUUUGUUGUUUUGAUACUGCUCAAUGUCAAACAACAACCAGUGUUUGGAAUCUAGAUCCUACUCAUAUCUAUAAACCUCUCACAUCAAAUCUACCACACAGAUCUUUUCCAUAUAAACCUGCUGCUAUUAUUAGUUCUACAUUUGCUGAAGUACUCUUUCUCGAUUGUGAUGCUUAUCUUGUUCGAAAUCCUGACUAUUGGUUUCGAUCAGAUCCUAUGUAUCUUCAUUUUGGUGCACUCUUCUUUCCUGAUGCUAUACUCAGUCGACAACAUCCUUCUGUGUGGAACAUUUUGAAUACUACAUGUGCUCGAGAUGAAUUCGAACUUGAUAGUGCCGUUAUACUCGUCGAUAAGACACGUGUAUGGAAAGGACUCUAUAUGACUAAAUUAAUGAAUGAUUAUCAUCAACUUUUCUACGAAGUAUAG